UUUUGGGACGAGUACUUCUAUCAUAUCCGUAAAAUAUCCUCUGUGUGAGUCUAUCCAAAGCUCUCAAGAAACUUAAAUGGUAGUGGCGGGCAAAUUCACUCUGUCCAACAGUAUUUCUUCUUAGCUCGAAUCCUUUGCUCGACCGUAUUCUUUGAAUAUAUUUCUAGAAUCCACUUGAGUUCAAUUGAAAGGAAUACCCGUGAUGUUUUAGUAAUUUUCACUAUCAGGUCAAUGUUGCAUGCAGUAUCUGCCCCAAAAAGUUGCAGUAUAUCAUAUCCAAGAACCCCUUGUUAUCAAAGGCCUUUUGCCCCCACAAGGCUUAGAGUGUCAGCUUCACUUCCAGAGCCUAAUGGGGUUAAGGUUGAGUACACUCCUUGGUUGGUUGUUGGAUUGGGAAAUCCCGGAAACAAGUAUCACGGGACUCGCCACAAUGUUGGUUUCGAGAUGAUUGAUCGAGUUUCUCAAGAGGAGGGCAUUGUGUUAAACACAAUACAGUCAAAGGCCUUGAUUGGGAUAGGUUCCAUUGGGGAGGUACCUGUUGUAUUGGCAAAGCCUCAGUCCUACAUGAAUUUCAGUGGAGAAUCAGUUGGACCGCUUGCUGCAUAUUAUCAGGUGCCCUUGCGUCACAUCCUUCUGGUUUAUGAUGAGAUGAGCUUACCCAAUGGUGUUUUGAGGCUUCAGCCUAAAGGAGGACAUGGCCAUCAUAAUGGGGUGAAAAGUGUGAUGGAGCAUUUGGAUGGUCGCCGGGAAUUUCCACGAUUUUGCAUAGGAAUUGGAAAUCCGCCUGGUACAAUGGACAUGAAGGCAUAUCUUUUGCAAAAGUUCAGUGAUUUAGAGCGGAAACAGGUGAAUGCAGCACUUGAUCAAGGAGUUGAGGCUGUCAGGACGGUAGUAUUGGAAGGCUUUGGCAGUAGAAUCUCGCGAUUUAAUAUAGGGCAGAAAUACAAGUAUCAUAAAGUUUGAUGUGAUGAAUCUAGAAUGAAUGUAUGAAAGACCACAAUAGUUACCUGAUAACUUAAGUCUAGCUAGUUGAGCUUGCACUGGGAGUCUGCUUAGGAAGUUUUUGGACUCUUUUGAGUAAUGCUUAUAGUUUCAUGCUGGCAUGCAGCAUAUGUAAACACUUGUAGAAUAGAUAUUUAAAACGAAAAAAGCACUUGUAGAAUAGAAUUUCAUUUGUCCC